AAUCUCGUCAAUACCGUUCGCCCAUCUCUAGUUGAGACUGCAUAGCGAUACGGUUUUCGUGUGUUUUAAUUUAUUACAUUUGUCUUUAAUUCGUUUUCCUUUGGUUUUACUAUAGUUAUUUGAUGAAUAUCAAAAGAAUAUAAUUAUAUUUGCAUAUAUUUAGGAUUACGGAGUAAAUUCCAACUUAUAUGACAUUUUGUUGCCGUCCUCAUCACUCGUGCAAAUGGAUGAUACAGUGAUUUCGCCAGGUAAUAAAAUGGCUGAUUCGGCUUCUGAGAGCGACUCUAGCUCUCUGGAUGGAGGAGCUAUGUUACCUCCUAGCACUGUCUCUCGUGAUCAACUUCAAAAAAGAAUUGAAUCUCUGCAGCAGCAAAAUAGGGUCCUGAAAGUGGAAUUAGACACCUAUAAGCUCAGAGUGAAAGCUCUUCAAGAAGAGAAUCGUGCCUUGAGACAAGCUUCAGUGUCUAUUCAAGCUAAGGCUGAGCAAGAGGAAGAAUAUAUUUCCAACACAUUGCUUAAAAAAAUUCAGGCUUUGAAAAAAGAAAAGGAGACUUUGGCACAUCAUUAUGAACGUGAAGAAGAAUGCCUGACCAAUGAUCUUUCAAGAAAACUUAAUCAGUUGCGGCAAGAAAAAUGCCGCUUGGAGCAGACCCUAGAACAGGAACAAGAAUGUUUGGUGAACAAAUUGAUGAGGAAGAUAGAAAAACUAGAAGCUGAAACUCUUGCGAAACAAAUGAACCUGGAGAGGCUUCGUAGAGAAAAGGUUGAAUUGGAGAACACAUUGGAACAAGAACAGGAAGCUCUAGUUAACAGGCUGUGGAAGCGCAUGGACAAGUUAGAAGCUGAAAAGCGCUCUCUACAGAUAAGGCUCGACCAACCAGUGUCUGAUCCUGCCAGUCCUAGGGACAUUAGUAAUGGUGAUACAGCAUCCAAUUUAAGCAAUCACAUUCAGACCUUGCGAUCUGAAGUUGUAAAGUUAAGAAAUCAGCUGGCAGUUUCUCAAAAUGAAAACAAAGAGAAAAUGCAUCGCUUCGCGUUAGAAGAAAAGCACAUUAGGGAGGAGAACAUUCGUCUGCAAAGGAAACUGCAGCAGGAGGUCGAACGUCGUGAGGCGCUGUGCCGGCACCUGUCUGAGAGCGAGUCUUCACUCGAAAUGGAGGAAGAGAGGCAAUUUAAUGAGGCUUUAAGCGCACGAUCUCGCAGCGUGUCGUCACCGGGCGGGUCGCGACCUCUCUCACCGUAUGCGUCACCAUUGUUGCCUAAUGCCGCCGGUCUGCAACUCUCACGGCCUUCGCUUCAUCUUAAUUCUCAGCCGCGGCGCCCCCACGACCGGUUCGUGAAGCCGGCCAUCCCGGGCGGGCUGGGGCUGGGCGCGCGCGCGGGCCCGGGCGAGGCGGGCGCGGCGGGCCCCGCGCCGCCGCCGGGCCUGCUGCAGCCCGCCAGCCCCAUGGACACCUCGUCCAAGGACUGAGCCCCCGCCCCGACACCUCAUGCCCCGUCGGCGGCGCGGCGGCUCGACUCCCAGUAUCGUUAAGAAUUUAUUACGUUUAUCUUAUGUAUGUAAUUGAAAUUAUGAAUGUAGACUGACGUGCGACACGCGGUCUGUAAAGUGCGGUGUCGCUGUAUUUAUUCAAAUGAUACUGGUUCCUUGUGACGUUGCCGUUACGUCGGAGUUCUCGCGAUGCUGUAAGAUUAAAUAAUAACUGUUUUGUGCAGACGUGAAGUUUUGACGGCAAGCUAUCUAUCAUGUGAUCUGUAACUAAAGAGAAGAAUUAAAAAUUCACGUCCUUAUUCAGUGAUGUUAUUGUUUAAUCUUACUUUCGAACCUACUGUGCACUCUGCUCACUGCCCUGUCAAUUCGGCACGCUCCUAGAUUAACGUUGUGGUCUCCAUUCUGUCGAGAUUCAUUUACUAAUAAAAUUGGUAAUGAUCCAAAUAUUGGAAUUUGAUUGUAUUUAUAUUGAAAUCAUGCGAGAGGAGAUUGUGAGCGACGUUAUAACUUUCGAAUAGGAUAUUUACAGCUAGUUCUGAUUAUAAAUCAAUUUUGGAAUAUAUCCGGGCUUACAUUUAUGCCACAGUGGGUUUUAUGUUAUAAGGCUGUGUAUUAAAUUCACUCGUGAGUAAAGUUAGGAAAGGAGAAGGAGAUAAAGAUUGUAAGCUAUUUGAUAUAUCACACUCGGGGUCUAGCAAUACUACUCCUACGAAAUGUUUUGUGAAGGAAUGUAAUAUAUGUUACGAAUGUUGUGUUGUGCCCCCAGGGCAAAUUGUUGAGUUCCGUAUAUGCUAGUAGGAGUAGUUAGUUAUUGUCCUCGGACUCAAUUUAAUUAUGCUAAUUGUCACAUUUUUUUUUUCAUGUUAUAAUAAAACGAAAAUAUACGCAUUACUAUUA